AGGCUAGAAGAGUAGAAGUUGCUCGGGAUCUUCCAGAAAAUGAAAAAUCGGAGGGAGGUCACUCUCACAACAUGAGGAAGAAAGAUGAAGCAACCGAAAAGCCGCCUGGUUGAAGUACUGAAAAGACAUCGUGUGUCAGAUAAAUAAAGCGAGACCCACUGGGUAAUCUCGAAUACGGAAAAAAACUUAACUUAGCGCUAAUGGAUGGCGUGAUGAAGGUGUCUGGCCCAUCCGGGAAAUGCCGGUGCUUUGUGCCCUUGGUGUUAAAGAUCAUGUUCGGCUCCUCGUGUCCUUUUGGAACCGUCCUCUGUGAUUCACAUGGUUUUGCAUACAAGGAUACUUUUUAAUGGCCUCAACUGCUGGUGUCUUUGCUCAACGGCAUAACUUGUGGGUGAGAAAUAUGGAUCUUGACAAUGGCAAGUGUCGGAACACCUCAAAGAAGGAGUCUUGGAAGACUAUCCUGCUCUUAGCCUACCAAAGCCUUGGUGUAGUGUACGGGGACUUGAGCAUUUCCCCUUUAUAUGUCUACAAAAGCACGUUUGCAGCAGAUAUUCGACAUUCACAGACCAACGAAGAGAUUUUUGGUGUUCUUUCUUUUGUCUUCUGGACUCUCACUUUAAUCCCUCUGUUCAAGUAUGUCUUUGUAGUCCUUCGAGCAGAUGACAAUGGAGAGGGUGGUACUUUUGCCCUUUACUCGUUGAUUUGUAGGCAUGCAAAAGUAGGUCUUCUUCCCAACCGACAGGUUGCGGAUGAAGCACUCUCUACUUAUAAAUUGGAACAGCCUCCACAGAAGAAGAACAGUUCAAGGGUGAAACUGUUGCUUGAGAAGUACAAAGCCUUGCACACUGCUCUGCUAAUUUUGGUUCUUCUUGGAACUUGUAUGGUAAUUGGAGAUGGACUCCUUACUCCGGCCAUUUCAGUGUUCUCUGCAGUGUCUGGUCUGGAGUUAUCAAUGUCCAAGGAGCACCACCAGUAUGCAGUCAUUCCGAUUACUUGCUUCAUACUUGUAUGUCUAUUUGCACUUCAACACUAUGGAACACAUCGGCUUGGGUCUUUCUUUGCUCCAGUUGUGUUGAUGUGGCUUCUAUGCAUCAGUGCCCUCGGUUUAUUCAACAUCAUCUACUGGAAUCCACAAGUCUAUAAAGCUCUUUCUCCAUAUUACAUGUUCAAAUUCUUGAAGAAGACAAAGAUAAGUGGAUGGAUGUCUUUGGGUGGAAUACUCUUAUGCAUAACAGGCUCAGAGGCAAUGUUUGCUGAUCUUGGCCACUUCUCAUAUGCAGCAAUUCAAAUUGCUUUCACCUUUCUGGUUUAUCCAGCACUCAUAUUGGCAUAUAUGGGACAAGCUGCAUACUUGUCACGGCAUCACCAUCCCAGCCAUACAAUCAGCUUUUAUGUUUCAGUACCAGAAUGUGUGAGGUGGCCUGUGCUUGUAAUUGCCAUUCUUGCGUCUGUCGUGGGAAGCCAAGCAAUCAUCAGUGGAACAUUCUCUAUCAUAAACCAGAGCCAAUCACUUGGUUGCUUCCCAAGAGUCAAGGUUGUUCACACCUCAGAUAAGAUACAUGGCCAGAUUUACAUCCCUGAGAUCAAUUGGAUGCUCAUGAUCCUCUGCAUUGCUGUGACCAUUGGGUUCAGAGACACAAAGCACAUGGGGAAUGCAUCUGGGUUAGCAGUGAUGACAGUGAUGCUGGUGACAACAUGCCUCACUUCCUUGGUUAUUAUCCUUUGUUGGCACAAGCCCCCUAUCAUAGCUGUUACCUUCCUUCUCUUCUUUGGCUCUAUUGAAUUACUCUACUUCUCAGCUUCGCUCACCAAGUUCAGAGAGGGUGCCUGGCUCCCCAUCCUUCUAGCUCUUUUUCUUAUGACUAUCAUGUUUGUGUGGCAUUAUGCAACCAUAAAAAAAUACGAAUAUGACCUUCACAACAAGGUUUCAUUGGAAUGGCUGCUAGCCUUAGGUCCAAGCUUGGGCAUUGCUCGGGUUCCUGGUAUUGGGCUAGUUUUCACCGAUCUCACCUCUGGCAUUCCAGCUAACUUCUCCCGCUUUGUCACUAACCUCCCUGCCUUCCAUCGCAUCCUUGUCUUUGUAUGCGUAAAAUCGGUACCUGUCCCUUAUGUUCCCCCUGCUGAACGAUAUCUUGUGGGCCGUGUGGGUCCUCCAGCUCAUCGGUCAUAUAGAUGUAUUGUCCGGUAUGGAUAUCGUGAUGUUCAUCAAGAUGUCGAUUCGUUUGAGUCUGAGCUGGUUGAUAGAUUAGCUGAUUUUAUCCGCUAUGAUUGGCAUCGGAAACAAGGGACUAAGUCAUGCGAUGAGGAUGAUGAUGCAUCACGAUCCAAUGAAUCAUCUAGCGAGUGUAGAUUGGCUGUGAUUGGAACAGUGGCUUUCUCGGGUCCACCAGCUUUUGAGAUUGAGGAAAGCGCGCAGCCAGCAAGUGUUUCCAUUGAGUUCCCUACUGUAGAAAGUAUGACAGAUGUUAUUGAGAUGGAACCAGUAGGAGUUGCUGAAAGAAGAGUGAGGUUUGCCAUUGAGGAUGACUCUGAAACGGAUGUACAAACUGAUAUGGGUGUGCAACUGCAAGAAGAACUGGAAGAUCUGUAUACAGCUCAACAGUCUGGGACUGCAUUCAUACUGGGUCACUCACAUGUUCGCGCAAAGCAAGGAUCAUCCCUCCUGAAGCGAGUGGCCAUUGGCUUUGGAUACAAUUUCCUGAGGAGGAAUUGCCGGGGCCCAGACGUGGCGCUCAAGGUGCCACCGGUGUCUCUUCUUGAGGUUGGCAUGGUAUAUGUUGUGUAGGGCAGAUAUGUAACGUAUUUGUUUUGUUCGGUAACUUAGAUGUAGAGAUCAUCUGAAAGAGGUUUGCCAGAAAGGUGAAUGGUUGUGCUGACUAAUUGAGGACGUAUAUAGACACUAUUAUAUUAUAUUGAGUAA